GGUCAGUUGGUGAAAAGGAGUGAAUUUUAAUGUUUAUUGCAAAAUUAUGAUUAUUUAUAUCACAAUUAAAUAAAUGUCUUAGUUUUUUUGUCUGUAUGAAUGAACUGUGCAGAGCUUUAACAUUUGUUCAAUCAUAAUUUAUUUCAUUUUCGUGUUCAAAAAUCUUUCUAAAGGAAAAUGUUUGAUCUAUCGUGAUUAAUAAUUGCAAUGACUUUUAACAAUGGAUGGUAAUAAGAAAUAUUAUAGUUAACAAUGAGUGCUCCAAGUGGGUGUGUCAGCUGCAGUGAUGGUUCUCAACAGUUUGAUGUUAAGCAUGACACUGAAUGCUCUGAAGCUGAAGAUGUACAGAUCCGGAUGGCACCUCAUGUGCAGGCAUAUUUGGCACAUAACAAUCCCACAACAAACUGCUGUGGACUAGCAAUACCAAUUGCUUUUGAAAGAGCCGCACCUGGUAUUUGGUGGAAUCCAAGAUUUGAUUCUGAAAUACUUGAAGGCCAAUAUCGAACCAGUUCCUUUAGACAAAUAAGAUUACGAUUCAGAUUUGCACUUUUGUACAUUUUGAUAUUUUCUAUAUCAUGGUUUGUCUACUUUGUUGGUCUUGGCUUGAAUGGUGGCACAGUAAAAUGGCCAUUCCUAAGUUCAAUGUUUGGUGGGGUGGUCUUGAUUACAUCUAUUAUGUUAUUUGUCACAUUUACAUAUAUUUAUAAGGUGUACACAUUUAAACUUUCUUUGAUUAUGGCACUUGCUCUGUGUACUCUAAGUCUGUCUCUGGUGACCUUGACAACGCAACUAAAUGUAGUGUCUCCUCAAGCAGCUGACAUCAGCCAGUCAGGUCACUUUACCAUGUGUAUUGAAAUCCUACUGAUUAUAUAUACACUAACUCCGUUACCACUGUAUGCUUGUGUUAUCAUUGGACUUUUGUAUUCAAUUGUGUUUGAGAUAUUGAACAUUGUGUUGCAUUUAACAGAGCAGCAAUGGCAGUGUCCAGGAAUGUUUGUGAGAAUUUUAUUGCAACUGUGUGUGCACAUAAUAGGUGUACAUAUUUAUUUAAUGACUUUUGUAAGAAUGCGUGGCACAUUUAUGAAAGUAGGUCAAAGUUUAUUGGUUAGACGGCAGUUGGAGAUGGAGAAACAGUUGAAAGAGAAGAUGAUUCAUUCUGUGAUGCCUCCAAAAUUGGCCAGUUGGUUGAUGGAGGAGCAGGUUCUUGAAUCGGAUACAAACCUCAAAAAACAUGAUCCUCUAAAUCAAAGAAAUUCAAACCCUGGAGCGUCAGACAUAAAGUCCUUGUUCAGACCUUUUAACAUGAGCUCGAUGGAUAAUGUCAGCAUUCUAUUUGCUGAUAUUGUUGGUUUCACAAGAAUGUCCAGUAACAAAGGUGCUGAUGAAUUAGUGAAUAUAUUGAAUGAUUUGUUUGAAAAGUUUGAUGAACUUUGUUUAAUACAUGGGUGCGAAAAGAUAUCUACUCUAGGAGAUUGUUAUUACUGUGUUUCUGGAUGUCCAGAACCUAGACCAGAUCAUGCAACAUGUUGUGUUGAAAUGGGAUUAGGUAUGAUAGAUGCAAUACAAGAGUUCGAUAGAGAGCGAGGUGAGGGUAUUAAUAUGAGAGUCGGUGUGCAUACUGGUACGGUGCUUUGUGGUAUCGUUGGCACCCGCCGUUUUAAAUUUGAUGUGUGGAGUAAUGACGUAACAUUCGCCAAUAAAAUGGAGUCUACAGGGAAACCUGGUCGGGUCCACAUAUCAGAGGAAACUAGUAAAUUUCUCGGUGGCUCUUACGUUUUAGAAGAGGGAGAAGAAAUUUUCGGUCACAAAACCUACUUCAUAGAAGGUCGCCAGCUAUACUCUCCGUAUGAACACGAUCAAUGUCUCACUCCUUCCCAUCCUAUAAACUUACGUCUUAUUAUAUCUCCCGCAGUUUCGCCCCAAUCCCCCCUGUCCUUCAAUAUGUCCCCACCGUUUUCUGUGAGAGACAAUUAUGAUACCAAGAACGAUAAGAUCAGUCCCAGAAUACAAGACGUGAACAAUUUCUUAUCACCCAACCCGUUUAAUUUUCGCAACAAAGCCAGUUCACUGCCAAGUAUAUUAGAUUCCGAUGCCGAAAUGGAUGAUAAGAGGGAGAAACAUUUUACUGAAGAAAAUGAUAACUCAUCAAAAAGUCCCACAUCCGUUGGGAGCUACGGCAAGUAUACUAAUAAACUGAGAAAUUGGAAAGUACCCCGAUUUUUGAGGAAACAUUCGGACACGCCUUUGCAUGAAAUUAAGAAACAAGAUUUCGGUGAGAAAAGUAUUCAUUUCUUGGAGCGUGGAGACAAUGCUGGUAUACAAUCGAGUAAUGGUUAUCAACAAGUGCCUAUAGUAAUAGAAUCUCAAGACAAUAAAUUCGCGAAGCCUGUUCAAGUGCAGAGUAGCAGUAAGCUGAAUAUACCGCAGAGCCACGACAUGGGAUCAUUUGAGAGAGAGAUCAUCGACAUUCGCUCCUAUUUGAGUCAGUCCAGAAGUAAUAUGUCGCCUUUUGCUAGAAGUAGUAGCUACAGAUCACAGUAUGGUAGACCGCAGAAUAAUAUCGAGGCACCAGUUAGUCGUGCUCGAAGUUCGACUAUAGCAACUCAGCUGGAGGUUACGCGGCCGAAGGAUCGUCGUUUGAAGUUACCUCUGCCCGCGCCGGCGGCGGUGCCCUCGCGGCCUCACGACGACGCCGUCAGUCUCUGCCCGUCCGUCAACAGUCGGAAGGACUCGGGCAUCAGAAGCACUAGCAGGCGGUCCAGCAUCCAACAGCAGAUAUUUGCUCUCAACCACACGCUGGCAACGUCACAAGCCGAUAUGAUGCAGCAUCGUGUGUCAGGAUAUUACACGUCCAGUCAGUCAUCGCUCAAUGAACAUACUGCCAAGAGUCGUUUACCGCCACCGCUUAGUGAGCAGCAAGUGCAGUCGCUACAGAAACUGCGCAAGCAAUCGGAUCUUCAGUUGAUCCGCUGCGUACAAGACAACGCCAGGUCAGGCAUUAACUACUUCGUACAACCGCCCCUCAAUAGGUUCACUCUAUUUUUCAAAGAAAACGUAAUCGAGAAACACUACAGAGACAAAGCCCACAGAAGCGACGACAGUGAAGACUUUCCUCCAACUCUCACUACUUCGCGUUUUAACACUGCCCUCGACAUAUUAGUGUCCGCUAUCAUAUUCCUAGCGGUGUCUGUAUCAGUAUUCAUUUUAUACGGGGAGUGGCGCCAUUCUCUUGGCUGGUUCGUCACCUUAGUUUUAAUUCAAGUUGUAGCUAUGUCGUUGUGUGUUUAUAGACAUUAUUUGAAAUGGAAAACAAAAAAUACACCCCACGUAAACGAUACGAUAAGAAGGUCCGUUAGGAUAUUUAGAAAAUUAUCGGAUUGGAUACCGUGGCACCUCUCUGGUAGUUUGUUAAUUAGCCUGCCUAUUUUAGCCGUAAUCAUUAACUUUUCCUGCGAAAACACCACCAUGGUUAUACUUCGUGGUGAUCAGUCGUUCUAUGUUUAUCUCCUAUGCGUAGGCAUAGUCCACUUUUGUAACUUUACCCAAAUGAAUUGGCUUGUUAAGAACACUUUAGUAACACUUUACGCCGCUUUAUUCCUGUUCCUAGCCAUACUCGGCUGUAAAGACGCUAAUACUCAACUCAGAAGUGAUAUUAACAUCCCGAGGUCGUUGGUUAACAAUAUAACAGAUUUUAUGCAAACCCUCACUAACGAUUCCACUGAUUGGUCUGAUGUGAACAGCACAGAGUUGGUAAAUGGCUUGCAACACGAACUACACCUGACGGAACUAUAUUUGGAUGUGGCGUUAUUGUUGAUAUUAGUGUGGUUCUUGAACAGGGAAUUUGAGAUUAGUUAUCGGUUAAGUUUCUACAGUAACGUGGUGGCUAAUCGUGAUAAACAGAAAGUACAGAAUAUGAGAAACCAGGCGGACUGGCUUCUACACAAUAUAAUACCGCGACAUGUCGCUGACCAGCUUAAGAAUACAGCAAAAUAUUCUGAAAACUAUAAAGACGUUGGAAUCAUAUUCGCAAGUAUAGUUAAUUUCAAUGAGAUGUAUGACGAGUCUUAUUUAAAAGGCAAGGAGUACUUGAGAGUUCUUAACGAAUUGAUAGCGGACUUUGAUGAAUUGUUAGAGAAACCGGAAUUUCAACAUGUUGAGAAAAUUAAGACUAUUGGUAGUACGUUCAUGGCAGCUAGCGGGCUUAAUCCCGACUUGAGGCACGCCUCGAGCGAUCCGUACGAUCACCUAUAUCAACUGAUGGACUUUGCUCUCGAAAUGCAAAAAGUCGUUGAAAAUUUCAAUCAAGAUUUGCUAGAAUUUGAUUUCAUACUGCGUAUUGGAUAUAAUUUCGGUGAUGUAACUGCUGGUGUUAUUGGAACUUCCAAACUAUAUUACGAUAUAUGGGGAGAUGCUGUGAAUAUAGCUUCCCGGAUGGAUUCUACGGGUGUAGUGAAAAGAAUUCAGGUUGGUGAGGCUUCUAUAUCUGUAUUGUCUGAUAGGUAUGACUUUGAACCACGAGGCAGCGUUUAUGUUAAGGGUAAAGAUAAUAUGAAUGUGUAUUUAGUUGUUGGCAAAAAAGAGUCGUAAGAAAUAUUAGUAUGAAACAUAGAAUCUGUGAUUUAUAUUUUAUAUACUGAAUUUUAAUGUAAAGAUGACCCUAUUUAUUUAUUGUGUGCAGUGAAUUAUAUAAGAUGUAGUAAAAGCUUGAAGAAUACUCUGUGUUGUAAGGCUACUAUUUAUUUAUUCAUAGUUUUAGCGUAAACAUUGGCAGCAUGAUAUAAAGUUUUAAAAAGAUAUAAAUGAGUGAUUUUCUCUUUGUCAUAGAGUGCUAACUUUCCUUGCCUGUAAUUUUAAUAUUAUUGUAUCUGUGACCAGUGCUCUAGUCUCAAUUUAAUUUCCCAUAGAGGUGGUCUCGUCUUGUAAUCGUACAGAGUACGAAUAUUUAUUGAAGAUUAUUGACGAUUGUUUUUAUAUAAGUGUUUAGGGAAAGAACGAAUGUCCACCGUCUUUUUUGUAUAUUUCGAAUGUACUUUCUGUAUGUGUUAAAUAUUCUGAAAAAAGUUUUUUUUUUGUAUAUAAAAUUGUUAUAUAGGUUACCUACCCAUUUGGGGAUAGUCAAAAAUAAUUGUAAUCUAAUAGAAAUCAAUGUGCGUAAAAGAAUACACGGUAUUAUAACUUGAAGUACGUAGAAGUAUGUAUUAUAUAAUUUUGUGUGUAUUCUAUAGCCAAUGGUAAUCAAUUAAAGAUGUUAUUAAGGGUGUAGUAUAUAAUGUAGAAAAUGUCCACAUGUUAUAUAGAUUAUCUUUAAGAUUAUUUGUGUAGUAUUUGCCUAAUUUUUAUUUAUAUUUAUUAUAUAAUAUAACCAAGACCACUGCUUACAUUAGGUAUAUGCCUUUUUAAAAUGGGAAUAAGUUGUUAAGAAAUAAAACGAUUGAAAAUAUAAUAUUAAAUUAUAUCUGUAAAAUACUUUGAUUAGAAAGAUGCCAAUAUAUUUUGAUCAGAUUUUUCGCUUCGAUCAUUAUGAAGAUGACGAUACUUCAGCGUGUCCA